AUGCCCCACAAAGUGUGGUAUCCGUUGUUGACCUCCAGAAACCCCGAGAAUAGGAAAUGCGAGCGAAUUGUCUUCAAUAACACCAGCGAUGGUCUGGACUUUGAGUCUAUACAAGAGUCGGGCGAUCGAGUGGUCGGCAAAUACCGAUUGGACGGCAAAAGUAAACUGAUAGACACGGGCGGUACCAAUUCGUUCACAUACUUCUUGACCACUGAUCAAAACAAAUAUCUGACUACAUAUUCGUGCAAAUCAUACAGCGAUCAAAGCAUUAAGGUAUACGGCGCGGAAAAGAAUACACAUGUUAGGGAUUAUUUGAAAAAUUUUACCAAAAUUGCCGGAAAUAUGACCAAAUCUGUCCACUUUCACGAAGUCGACCAAAACGGCUGUAAAUCAUUCGCUCCGGUGGCCAAUAAGGAUUUUGUGUUUAUUGAGGACGAUCUCUAUAGCGUCGAGUUUGCAAAACUUCAGGGAAAUUGGGUUCAAAAGGCCACAACACUCAACACAAGUGAUCACUUUUAUUUGAAAUGCACGGCCAAAGUGGUCGGCUCUAAUCACUCUCAAAGUACAAUCAACAGCAAGACGUCGACAAUCGGUAACUCGAGAGUAUGUCUGCGAGACUUCGCAAACGCCACAAAUCCUAUCAAACUAUACGACUAUCGGCUGUAUUUCGACGGCCAUUACUUAAUCACAUUUAGCGCGCCGUUAAGUACCGACUCUUCUACCACUCCUCCCUAUCUGGAAGUGGUUAUGAAAGACCAUCAAAAGGGCGAAUCCGACUUUGAUUUGAUAACACUGUAUGACAUACUGUUGAACAGAUUGCGUCCAAACGCCCGCAAAAUAGUCGAGUCUUUCAUCUAUGACCUCAACUAUAAGGACGAAGAGAACCCAAACGCCAAUACGAUUCUCAAGAAGUGCAGCAUUCAGUUCACCGAAGAAGAGUUGGCGACCGUUGCCUUUGAAAAGAUAUCAAAUGUCUAUGAAUUGCGCUUUUCUACCGAUCCCUACAAUGUGUUUGACAUUCAAGUGUCGCUAAUCGCCGGCAAAUAUCUCAAAACUUAUAGCCAGAAAGGCAAUGAUUUGGUCCGUAAUAUAACGGACAUACGUUUGCCAAACUCUAAGCGCAUAUUUCGUGUGACAAACAAUAAAUUCAGUGAAGUUUCCUAUCUUUACGUCGACGAGAGUUUUUUGCUCACAUUUGAAUGCUAUCAUUCAACCGAGCAUUUGCGUUUAUACGCCCGACAGUCGGUGCCCAACGAUGAGAGCCAAUACAAGCAAGUGUUGGAUAAAAUCAAGUCUUCAGCGAAGGAUAAGUUGAAUGAUUUUGUGUCCAAAAUGAAAGUACACGUCGAAAGCGGUAGCGAUACACUUAUUUAG